AUGUCGUUGACUUUCGGUCGGCAGCGUGGUUACCAUACGUUUUCAAACACCGACACGUGCUUCGCGCCAAUCAUUUUGGGUCGCGCGUGUUUUUUUUCCGCGUGGCGCCCAGUGAGGACGGCGAGCGCGCUAGACAACUGGCAAAUACGCUACUCGGCGCCAAAGAUGGAGGAGGUCAUCAUCAGGAGCGCGCAUCGGCGUUGA